CAGAGGAAAAGCUUUUUUGAAUGUGUUAAUGGAAGUGAAAGUAUUUUGGAGGCGCUGGGUCUUGUCUUGGUUAACUGUGAAUCUCUGGGUGUAGGGAGGGCCUGUCCCAGUCUUCCAGGCCGGGAAAGGUAAUCGGCGCUGAACGUGCACUUCUCUGCGGGAGAGCCAGACGGCGUCCGCGGCGGACCUGAAGGGGAAGCCAACCGUAAGGCAGUGUGACCGCGGCCGGAUCUUUGGGCCGCUACCUGAUGUACUAUGCUUUCUUGUGAUAUUUGUGGUGAAACAGUAACCUCAGAACCAGACAUGAAGGCUCACCUCCUAAUUGUUCACAUGGAAAAUGAAGUUAUAUGUCCAUUUUGCAAGUUGUCAGGCGUGAAUUAUGAUGAAAUGUGUUUUCAUAUUGAAACUGCUCAUUUUGAGCAAAAUGAACUAGAAAGAAGCUUUGAGAGGAUCAAUACAAUACCGAUUAGAACUUCAGAUAACAGGAAAGACACCUUACAGUGUAGAAUGGAAGUUAAUUCUAGUGUCCAUUCAGCUUGUGCAUCUAAUCAUCCAAAAAUUUCAGCUCAAAGCCUGCCUAAUGAUGGUACUUUAAAACAUAAAGCCUUUUAUUCGGAGAACUUAACUGAAUCUAGAAAAUUCCUUAAAAGUAAGGAAAAAGAGUGUGACCCAUCUAAAAUAAAAAGAUCAAUUUAUGAAACAACGUAUAGUCCUCCCGAAUGUCCGUUCUGCGGAAGAAUAGAAGAUUGUAGUCAAGAUAUGGAAAAUCAUGUGAAAACAAAGCAUGCUGAUCUUUUAGACACUCCAUCAGAAGCCAGUGCUCCUGGAUUAAGUUCUGAAAAUGGUCCAGUUGUAAGGCAGAGAUCUAUUUGGAUUCCACCAGAGGUAUGUUCCUUGAUUGGCUGCUGCAGGAUGAGGCACAUUUUCUGGGACCCAUGUCAACUACCUGCUAGUCAUCAAGACCAUGAUCAACCACUGUAUGACUGCCCUAUGUGUGGGCUCAUCUGUACAAAUUACCAUAUUCUCCAGGAACAUGUUGACUUACAUUUGGAAGAAAGCAACUUUGGACAAGUGGCAUUGAUCAUUGUGGUGCCUUAGAAGUAGGAUUCUGUGAGUUUCAGAGUCCCAUUGAAACAAUAUAAAGUAGACCCUAAGAGA